AUGGCACAAGAAGUUGUAAAUUCAGAUGAGGUUGUUCUUGGAGAAGAAAUAGACCAUGUGAGGUUGAUCACCUUGAACAGGCCUCGUCAUUUGAAUGUCAUCUCAUCAAAAGUCGUUUCUUCGCUAGCAGAAUACUUGGAAAAGUGGGAAAAAGAUGAUAAAGCUGAGCUUGGAUCGGGUCGAGCUUUUUCAGCUGGUGGGGACUUGAAGAUGUUCUAUGAUGGCAGGAACUCAAAGGAUUCCUGCCUUGAAGUGGCUUACAGAAUGUAUUGGCUUGGCUAUCACAUUCAUACUUAUAAGAAAACCCAGGUGGCUCUGGUCCAUGGAAUUUCAAUGGGUGGAGGCGCAUCUUUAAUGGUCCCAAUGAAGUUCUCGGUAGUCACAGAAAAAACUGUAUUUGCAUCUCCGGAAGCUAGUAUUGGCUUUCAUACUAAUUGUGGUUUCUCAUAUGUAUCCCAUCUUCCUGGGCAUCUCGGGGAGUUCUUUGCCUUAACAGGAGCAAGACUGAAUGGUAAGGAAUUGGUUGCAGCUGGAUUGGCAAACCAUUUUGUCCCUCUUGAGAAAUUAUCUGAUCUAGAGAAGCGUUUGAUAAGCUUAAACUCUGGAGAUGAGAAUGCAGUCAAAGCUGCGAUUGAAGAAUUUGCAGUGGAAGUCCAGCCCAAUGAAGAAAGUGUUUUAAACAAAUACAUCACAAGGAUAAGGAAAGGUCUGAUACCAGCUGGUUAUGUCACUGUCAGGGUCGGAUUAGCUCUUGGAGAGUUGCGAAAGGAAAAUAAUUUCCUAAGAAGCCUUUGGCCAGUAACUAAUCCACCUUCAAGUCAAAAACAUCUUUUACAUCCUCAACUUUUACAAAAGCCUCUCCGCCCAUUCCUUGCUUGA